GUACUGCAAAGGGCUCGUUCUCCGCCGUUCUGAUUGGCUGUUCCGGCAUCUUGCCAUCGCGCUUGGUGGGUCAGUGGAGGAGUGGGGGGCGAAGUGCGUCCAAGGAGAGCUCCUGGCUCCGUGCUUAGGUUGCAGAAGUCGCGGCGGCCGUCAUGACGGAGGGAACGUGUCUGCGUCGUAGAGGGGGACCCUAUAAGACAGAGCCCGCCACUGACCUCAGCCGCUGGCGACUCAGCUGUGAGAGGGGAAGGCAGGUGUGGACAUAUUUUCAAGAGGACGACCCCCGCCGGGAGCAGACUGCGCUGGAAGCUCACUCCGUGGGAUUGGACACUGGGAAUUACUUUAAAGACUUGCCCAAAGCCCACACAGCUCAUGAGGGGGCUCUGAAUGGGAUGACAUUUUACAUGGGACUGCAGGCUGAGGACGGGCACUGGGCGGGUGAUUAUGGUGGCCCACUCUUCCUUCUGCCAGGCCUCCUGAUCACGUGCUACGUGGCGCACAUCCCUUUGCCAGCUGGAUACAGAGAAGAAAUUGUGCGGUACCUGCGGUCGGUGCAGCUCCCGGAUGGUGGCUGGGGCCUGCACAUUGAGGACAAGUCCACAGUGUUUGGGACUGCGCUUAACUAUGUAUCCCUGAGAAUCCUGGGUGUUGGGCCUGACGAUCCUGACCUGGUACGAGCACGGAACAUUCUUCACAAGAAAGGUGGAGCUGUGGCCGUCCCAUCCUGGGGGAAAUUCUGGCUGGCUGUUCUGAACGUUUACAGCUGGGAAGGCCUCAACACUCUGAUCCCCGAGAUGUGGCUGCUUCCGGACUGGGUGCCUGCACACCCCUCCACACUCUGGUGCCACUGCCGUCAGGUCUACCUGCCCAUGAGCUACUGCUAUGCCAUCCAACUGAAGGCCAAGGAGGACCCACUGGUUCAGAGCCUGCGCCAGGAGCUCUAUGUGGAGGACUACGCCAGCAUCAGCUGGCCAGCACAGAGGGACAAUGUGGCCCCCGAUGAAGUGUACACGCCGCACAGCUGGCUGCUCCACUUGGUGCACGCAAUCUUCAACCUGUACGAAUGCUACCAUAGCACCAGCCUGCGGCAGCGGGCCAUCCAGAAGCUGUAUGAGCACAUUGUGGCCGAUGACUGCUUCACCAAGUGCUUAAGCAUUGGCCCGAUCUCGAAAACCCUCAACAUGCUUGUGCGCUGGCACGUGGAUGGGCCAGCCUCCAGUGUCUUCCAGGAGCAUGUCUCCAGGAUCCCUGACUUCCUCUGGCUGGGCCUUGACGGCAUGAAGAUGCAGGGCACCAACGGCUCGCAGAUCUGGGAUACCUCAUUCGCCAUCCAGGCUAUGCUGGAGGCAGGUGCACACGACAGGCCUGAGUUUUCGUCCUGCCUGCAGAAGGCGCAUGAGUUCCUGCGGAUCUCACAGGUCCCAGACAACCCACCCGACUACCAGAAGUACUAUCGCCAGAUGAGCAAGGGUGGCUUCCCCUUCAGUACUGUGGAUUGUAGCUGGAUCGUCGCCGACUGCACAGCUGAGGGCUUGAAGUCUGUCCUUCUCGUGCAGGAGAAGUGUCCUUUUGUCACCACACACAUCCCGAGAGAGCGGCUCUUUGAUGCUGUUGCUGUGUUGCUGAACAUGAGAAACCCUGAUGGGGGGUUUUCCUCCUACGAGACUAAACGUGGGGGGUACCUGCUGGAACUGCUCAACCCCUCAGAGGUCUUUGGGGACAUCAUGAUCGACUACUUGUACGUGGAGUGCACCUCGGCCGUGAUGCAGGCGCUGAAGCACUUUCACAAGCAGUUCCCUGAGCACAGGCCAGGGGAAAUCAGGGAGACUCUGGAGCGGGGCCUGGAAUUCUGUCGGCAGAAGCAGAGGGCUGACGGCUCCUGGGAAGGCUCCUGGGGGGUUUGCUUUACCUAUGCCACCUGGUUUGGGCUGGAAGCUUUCGCCUGCAUGGGGAAGAUUUACCAGGAUGGGGCUGCCUGUGCGGAGGUCUCCCAGGCCUGUGACUUCCUGCUGUCCCGGCAGAUGGAGGAUGGAGGCUGGGGGGAGGAUUUCGAGUCCUGCAAGCAGCGGCGUUAUGUGCAGAAUGCCCAGUCCCAGAUCCACAACACGUGCUGGGCCCUGAUGGGGUUGAUGGCUGUCAGGUAUCCUGGUGUAGAGGUCCUAGAGAGAGGAGUCAGCUGUCUGCUGAGAAAACAGUUCCCCAAUGGUGAUUGGCCCCAGGAAAACAACUCCGGGGUCUUCAACAAGUCCUGUGUCAUCAGCUACACAAGCUACAGGAAUGUCUUCCCCAUCUGGACCCUCGGCCGCUUCUCCCGCCUGUACCCAGAAAGUGCCCUUGCUGGUCAUCCUUGAGAAGGGGCCUACGUGUGCCUGGCCAGUGGGUGGCAGGCACAGGGAUUCCGUGGGGCUGCUCACCGAGGUUGGAGCAUCUCGCCGGGACAUGGGUACCCCUGUAGCCCCCUCCUCACUGCCUCAUUCACAACUUCUGGAGUGAGUCCUGGGACCAGGCCUACCUAGGGGCAUGGUGCAUGGCCAUGUGUGGUCAUGGAGCUUGGAGGGCUUUCUUGACCAAUAAUAGUUCUCAGCAGUUGUGCCUUAUCUGCCUCCUGCCUGGUGCUGGGCUCAUUUCCCAGACAGCUCUUCCUGCAUCUUCUGUCUGUUGGACUGAGGAAGGUGACAGCUUCCCCGAACAGCCUGGAGCAGAAGCUGGGCCUGCCUCCACCAUGGCCACCCAGGGCUCCAUGAGUACCAAGACCAGACACGCCAACCCUGCCGCAGAUUUUGUUCGUCCACGCUGCAUCGUGGCCUUCCCCCUGCAGCUGUCGCGGCCCCUGGGCUUGGUCUGGGCUGUCUGGGCUGUCUGGGUUCACCAACUUCUCAGUUUCAGGGAACAAGAGUAGCUGCUUGAAGAUAAGCAGGUGCAUCUCCAGUUAUUUCAAGGGAAAAUAUUUGUAUCAACCUGAUUAAAAAUCCAGUUCUCUAUCCUGGUAAAUCAUUGAAAAGUCUUGAAUUCAAAUUAUCUUAUUUCUAGGUAACAGAUUUUGAAUAUUAUGUUGGGAAAUUUUCUCUGGAAUCACAUUAGAUUAUCUGUGUUCAGCACAAUUAAACUUCAUACCCUUUCCUUUGAGGAAAUGUUUAACUCACAGGGGAAACUUACCUCUAGGAAAAUACUUUUUCUUAUGAACAUAAUCA